AUGGCCAGCCCUGGCAGCGAACUUGUUAUUUCUAUCCAGAGUCGGUUAGGCGUUACAUUUGACAAGCCAUCACUAAUUCACGAAGCAUUUAUGGCUGCCGGCGCCGUCAACAGAGAUGGUAACAAGGACCUAGCUCUUAUUGGAGAUUCAGCCCUUCAACUUUUCCUACAAACGCAAGGCCGUACUAGGAACGCAAGCCGUGUUGUCUCACGAAUCGCUGGUAAUACGAACCUUGCCCAGCGGGGUUUUGAGCUGGGCCUUGAUCAGUACAUUGUCAAAAAUCCCUCGCAGGGUAAUUAUGUCGCCGACAAGCUGAUGGCGACAACUGUCGAAGCUAUUGUCGGUGCUGUGUUCCUGGAAACAAAUUGGGACCAAGAGGCAUUGCAAAGAGCCAUAACUGCCUUGGGCUUAGCGUGGCCGGAUGUCUGA